AUGUGGGACUCUCUACUCUGGGUUACUCUGGGGGUAUUGGGGGUCCUGGAAAAAGGGGGGCACACCUACCAAAACCCCCACCAGCCUUUUCAAGUCACAUGGAUCUUAAAAAAUGGAGAGACCUACGAAGAGCUAAACCGGACCACAGCCACCCAACCGAAAGAUAAGUGGUGGCCGGACUUAUAUUUUAACCUUACAAAGUUAAUCGAACAAUCAGGAUACUCCAAGUGUAGGGUCAGGUCUCUCGGGUUUUAUGCCUGCCCGGGACAUCAGCGACAAAACAUAAAAACCUGUGGGGGAAUGCUGAGCCGCUACUGUAAAUCCUGGGGCUGUGUCACUUCCAGUGAUGGGUAUCGGAAGUGGUCGGUGACCAGGCCAGACCUGAUCAAUAUGUCCUUCACGGGUCCUCUUCCAAAAUCAGAUUGGCAGGGACGACCCUCCAACCCAGGGCAAUGCAGCGACCAGAUCCGACUAUCAUUCACACAGCAGGGACGGACUGAAAAUAGAUGGAUUUCCAGACUGUACUGGGGCAUAGUGAUAUAUGAUACCUAUGGUAUGGGAAGCAAUAGUGCAACAUUGUAUGUUCAGCAAGUCCUACAACCCGCCCAGACCCAUGUUAUGGGGCCCAACCAGAUUAUUACACCCCCCCGCCCCUCACCGCAAGGGACAAAUGCCGCAAAUGUUGUGACCUCGCCUACCCCUACCCCCUCUCUUCAGCUAACCCAGACAGACCCACCAGAAACCCAAGAACCCCUGUGGGCCUUGAUCAAAGAAACCUACGGGGCCCUUAACCACUCCAAUCCUAAUGCAACUCAAUCCUGCUGGCUUUGCUACACCUCACACCCACCUUACUACGAGGCCGUGGGUUUAAAUGCCACCUACAACUUAUCCACUCUCUCUAACCCACCACAGUGCUCUUGGGGAGACCGCAAGGUGGGCCUUACCAUGAAACAAGUAUGGGGUUCGGGGACCUGCUUAGGCACGGUUCCUACAGAUAAACAAACCCUGUGCGCCCAGACUGACAAUGACACCAACUUCACCGAUAAGACCUAUAUCAUUCCCGAAAUCGGGGGGUGGUGGGUAUGCUCAAGGACUGGGCUGACGCCCUGUCUCCAUUUGGCUGUCUUCGACCAGAGCAGAGAAUUCUGUGUCAUGGUAGCAGUAGUACCCAAAAUUACAUACCACCCAGAAGAGGUCCUCUACAACUUUUGGGACCAAGAUACCCCAGCUCCUAGACAUAAGAGGGAGCACGUUACAGCUAUUACUCUAGCAACACUGUUCGCCCUGGGGGCGGCCGGAACCGGUACGGGCAUUGCUUCCCUGACUACACAACAUCAGGGUCUAAUCACCCUGAGAGUCGCCGUUGAUGAAGACAUUGCAUGA